GAUAUUAUUGAAGACCUAUACAGUCCUAGGACCGCAACAAUGGACUUUGUGAGUGAACUGGUAAGAAAACAUGGAAAAGAGAAGCUUCAAAAGUUCAUAUUAUUUAUUGUGGAGAUUUUUUAGAGUUUGUGCACAAGAAUUGGCUUAAGCUCCUUGAACCGAGUUUCAGCAAGAUCAAAACCAUCCUUCCGGAGUUCCUGCAAUCAAAAAAACAAGUCAAAGAAGAUUUACUGAAAAGAAAAAAAGUAUUAAUUGUGUAAUUAAUGGCUAUUCACUACAGAGCGGGAGCGGAUGACAAGCCUUUGUGGAUGGUGAAAACGGUUCUUCAUGAGCUUGUAAAGCUUCGUGGGACAGUAAUAAAUGGUCAUCUUUCCAUGGUCCCAAUUGACAUGGAACCCCAACCCAUAAUCCUUGCCUACAUCGAUCUUAAUCUUCAGACAUUGGCUGCUGCCAGAAUGUUGACCCCUGCUGGCCCUGUUGGUGAAACUCGUUGGGGUGAUUCCAUGGCUAAUUAUCCAAUGCUUGCUACACAUUCUGAAGAUGCCCAAUUGAAAGACCUAGAUGCAUUCACUGCAGCUAUUGUUACUAGGCUUAGAGCAAUGGUUGAAAGAGAUGAGUUCAGAAGAAGAAGAAACAAAGCUACAACUAUAGUUCAGGUACUAUGGAUGAAUUAUGUUUGUAAAGUAUUCAAGAAAAUGAUUAGAAACAAGGGUGAAUUUGUACAGAUUAGUUAG